CAUUAUUUUGGGACUAUCCGGAUUUGUAAAAAUGCUUGGCUCGCACCUAUUUUUAAACCAGGGGAAAGCCGAAAAACGAGCGCUUCCCGUUCUUUGUUUUCCAUCUUGUCGACAUGGCGCCCAUUGACCAAACCAGCUACAGUCACUACCUCGUAGCACGGCAAGCAGUGCAAAAUGAAGCGGUCAACCGAUUGACACCUACCGAAGAUCAACGCAUCAUUCUCAUCAUUAUCGGGGUUUACAUUGCCGCGAUCAUGAUUCUCUGGAAUAUGCCCAUAGCCAAGAUUAUUCUUUCCCCGUUCAAGUUAUUAACUGUCGGUCUACACGAAUUUUCACAUGCUAUUGUUGGAUGUUGUACUUGCGCGAAAAUUGAAUCCAUAGAAAUCGAUCCAGAUGAAGGCGGCGUCACAAGAAUGCGUGGAGGUAUUGCUAUGUGUACAUUGCCGGCUGGAUAUUUGGGGUCGUCGGCUAUUGGUGCCAUUCUGGUGAUGUGUGGGUUCAAUAUCUUGGCAUCAAAGAUUGCUUCCAUUUUCCUCGGUGUAUGCUUAUUGUUCACAUUGUGGUGGGCCAAAAAUUGGUUAACGCGUGGCAUUGGUCUUUUGUUCAUUGGUGUCAUGGUAUUCCUUUGGUGGCUCGCUCACGGUGCUGGUCUUCGCUAUUUCGUACUUUUUGUUGGCGUCAUGUCAUGUUUAUAUUGUUUAUGGGAUAUUCUUGACGAUCUCGUUUUUCGGAAAGCAUACGAAUCCGACGCAUCAAAAUUUGCUAAACUAUGUGGGUCAUGCAUGUCCAGUCGUGUAUGGGGUGUGCUGUGGUUUUUUAUCAGCUUGAUAUUUUUUGUGGCCGGCAUUCUUAUUGGCUUGGCUGCCUUCAAAGAGGACCAACAAACGCAAGAACAACAGGCCCAAGGCUUUGGAUGGUAAAGAAAAAUCAUUCAGUAUCUACCACCCAGUAAAAACAUACCCAGCUCUCCUUUAUCAGCCAUCUUUUCCGACAGCCUGAAGCAUGCCGAAAAGACAUGGUACAGAAUCGAACUCUUUGGCUUACCCUCUAUUACCUACCGUUUUUUUUAUUUCCAUUCCAAUUUUGUAAUAAGCAUAUUCAUACUGUAAAAUAAAGAAUCCUUGAGGAAGU